GACAUGGUCAGACGUGAGAUUAUUUCCAGGCUGAUCAUUAAGUUAGAGUCAGCGCUUUCAAGGACGCCUCUUGACUUGGACUUCUUGCAGUUUGCAUGUCGGCAAGAGCUGUACCUCUGGGAAGCACUGUCAAGGCAUGUAAAUGUCCCCCCGGAUAUUGUACAGGCCUUAAGAGAGUUCCUCCAGCUCGUCAUGGACCGCAUUGAAAAUGCUGAAGUUACCAACAAUACUGUUGAAACUGUAGCUGGAGAGAUGGGGCGUCCCAGGUACAAUCUAGAGAAGCAGAAACUUGUAGAGCUUUUGGAGAUAAAUCUGUCUGUGGACUGCAUCGCAAAAUUACUGUGCGUUUUAGCCAUUACAGUCAACAGACGGAUACAGGAGUACAACAUUGUACUUUUUGGUGCAGUGGACGGCUACUCCAGAAAGGACAUUGAAGAGCCGGACAUUGACUGGGAUGUUGCAGCUGACAAUGGAGAAGAUGUGGAUGGUGUGAUAGCGGUACCUGAAUUUCAGUGUUCAUUGAAUGAACAGCAGCUACUCGAGCUUCAGGUGCUGAUUGAAGAAAAUGGAGACGCUGACAUUAGAGACAUUUACCUUCUGUGUCGUGAAUAUGUGCUUCAAGCUUUGUCAGGUGUUUAAUAAUUGUUUUGGUGAUGAGAAAGUG